AUGGCGGGAGCCGACCAGCUGGCUGGGGGUCGAGACAGACCAGGGUUGAGGCUCUGGCCCUGGGAUGCCCUCCGGCACGAGGAGGCCGGCCUGGGCUCUUCGGAGGCUGCGGCCCGGCUCUGUCAGCACCACGGACAGCAGCUGGCGCUGCGCUGUGGCAGAGCGGGUUCUGGUUUCCAGGCCGCCUCCCGCUGGCUCACGCGGAGAGGACUCCCGGGCCGGCACGUGGUGGAUGUGCAGAGGACACCGCCGGCCAGCACUGGCUGGCAGCGUGGAGCUCAAGCCAGGGGUGGUCACAGUGCCGUGUGGUGGGGGGCUGACAGACUGAGCCACGGUGCCCCCAUCGCCAUCGGGGGUUCAGAUGAGGUGGGCAGCACGUGGGCUGGCUGGGUGGGGGGAUGCUGCAGCAGUGUCACCUGGCCCAGACCCCUGUCCAGCCCCAAUGGCAGUCUCUGGGCAGUAGAGUCUGGGCCCCCCUCUGGGGGCUCCCCACUGGGCGGUGGUCCCUCGUGCUCUGUUCACUCCUACGAGCUGGCAGCCCCCUGGGUGCAGGGCUCUCCAGCAGGGUUUUUCCCUGAAGGGAAGUGGCAGAACUGCUUGGAACCCAAACAUCCCACCCCAGAGGACCCCGGGGCUGCAGGAGACCAGCACAGCCAGGGCGGCCUGGAAGCUUCACCCAGGAGGGGCACCUCCAUGCUGGGCUUUGAGGGGUGUGUAGGAGUCUGUGGGCAGAGGACUUUUCGGGGAAAGAGGCAGCAAGCGGAGGAAGGGCUCGGGCUCCGGAUCAAAGGCAGCUGGGGAGAGCCCCCAGGAGCCCGCAGCCCUUCCCGGGUGGGAGCUGGGGCUCAGCGGGCCCCCCUGCAGGACCGCUGUCCUUCCCUGAGCCGAGGAGCUUCGGGCCCCCAGGCUCAGGGCUCAGGGGUUCCACCGGGCCUGGUCCCCCGCCCCUCGUCCAGCCCCGCCUGCUGCUGCUCCCGCGUCUGGGGGCCACAGGUCAUCUCCCGGCCGCCAGCGGGCUCACUGCCCACGGGGAGCAGGAAGGAGGAGGACGCGACACUGCUGGGAGGGGCACAGGUCGUGGACAGGCUGCAGUGCCGUGGGGAGCAGGUCGUCCUACGCUGCAUCCAGGCGCCCGAAUGCCAGAGGCAGCCCGAACUACGGUGGUCACCUCCGUGCCCAUCGGGGAACACAGGCCACCUCGGGGAACGUCCAGGGCUUCCCUCGCCCCCAGGCCUCGUGAAGCUGGGGAUUCACUGUGUCACGUGCCAGAAGGUGGCUGUCAAGAUCGUCAACCGCGAGAAGCUCAGCGAGUCUGUACUGAUGAAGGUGGAGCGGGAGAUCGCCAUCCUGAAGCUGAUCGAGCACCCCCAUGUCCUCAAGCUGCAUGACGUCUAUGAAAACAAAAAAUAUUUAUACCUGGUGCUAGAACACGUGUCUGGUGGGGAGCUCUUCGACUACCUUGUCAAGAAGGGGAGGCUGACCCCCAAAGAGGCUAGAAAGUUCUUCCGGCAGAUCAUCUCUGCGCUAGACUUCUGCCACAGUCACUCCAUAUGCCACAGGGAUCUGAAACCAGAAAACCUUCUGCUGGACGAGAAGAAUAACAUCCGGAUCGCGGACUUCGGGAUGGCGUCGCUGCAGGUUGGCGACAGCCUGCUGGAGACGAGCUGCGGGUCCCCCCACUAUGCCUGCCCGGAGGUGAUCCGGGGAGAGAAAUACGAUGGCCGCAAGGCGGACGUGUGGAGCUGCGGCGUGAUUCUGUUCGCCCUGCUCGUGGGGGCGCUGCCCUUCGACGACGACAACCUGCGGCAGCUGCUGGAGAAGGUGAAGCGGGGCGUGUUCCACAUGCCGCACUUCAUCCCGCCCGACUGCCAGAGCCUGCUGCGCGGCAUGAUCGAGGUGGACGCCACGCGGCGCCUCACGCUAGAGCACAUUCAGAAACACAUUUGGUAUAUAGGAGGCAAGAACGAGCCCGAGCCGGAGCAGCCCAUCCCCCGCAAGGUGCAGAUCCGCUCGCUGCCCAGCCUGGAGGAUAUCGACCCCGACGUGCUGGACAGCAUGCACUCGCUGGGCUGCUUCCGGGACCGCAACAAGCUGCUGCAGGACCUGCUGUCCGAGGAGGAGAACCAGGAGAAGAUGAUUUAUUUCCUCCUCCUGGACCGGAAAGAAAGGUACCCGAGCCAUGAGGACGAGGACCUGCCGCCCAGGAACGAGAUAGACCCUCCCCGGAAGCGCGUGGACUCCCCAAUGCUGAACAGGCACGGCAAGCGGCGGCCUGAGCGCAAGUCCAUGGAGGUGCUGAGCGUGACGGACGGCGGCUCCCCGGUGCCUGCGCGGCGGGCCAUCGAGAUGGCCCAGCACGGCCAGAGGUCUAGGUCCAUCAGCGGCGCUUCCUCAGGCCUCUCCACCAGCCCACUCAGCAGCCCCCGGGUGACCCCUCACCCCUCUCCGAGGGGCAGUCCCCUCCCUACCCCCAAGGGGACGCCUGUGCACACGCCCAAGGAGAGCCCGGCCGGCACGCCCAACCCCACGCCACCGUCCAGCCCCAGCGUGGGAGGGGUGCCCUGGAGGACACGGCUCAACUCCAUCAAGAACAGCUUCCUGGGGUCACCCCGCUUCCACCGCCGGAAACUGCAGGUUCCGACGCCCGAGGAGAUGUCCAACCUGACCCCGGAGUCGUCCCCAGAGCUCGCCAAAAGGUCCUGGUUUGGGAACUUCAUCAGCCUGGAGAAGGAGGAACAGGUCUUCGCGGUCAUCAAGGACAAGCCGCUGAGCUCCAUCAAAGCCGACGUCGUCCACGCCUUCCUGUCGAUCCCCAGCCUCAGCCACAGCGUCAUCUCGCAGACGAGCUUCCGGGCCGAGCACAAGGCGACGGGGGGCCCGGCGGUGUUCCAGAAGCCGGUCAAGUUCCAGGUGGACAUCACCUACACCGAGGGCGGGGCGGCGCAGAAGGAGAACGGCGUCUACUCCGUCACGUUCACGCUCCUGUCAGGCCCGAGCCGCCGCUUCAAGAGGGUCGUGGAGACCAUUCAGACCCAGCUGCUGAGCACACACGAGCAGCCUUCUGCCCAGCACUUGUCAGACACCACUAACUGUAUGGAAAUGAUGACGGGGAGGCUUUCCAAAUGUGACGAGAAGAACGGGCAGGCGGCCCAGGCCCCCAGCACGCCCGCCAAGCGGAGUGCCCACGGCCCACUCGGGGACUCCGCGGCCGCUGGCCCCGGCCCUGGAGGGGACGCCGAGUACCCAGCGGGCAAGGACACGGCCAGGACGGGGCCGCCCGCCGCCCGCCGAGAGCACGGCCCCGACAGUGGCCCCCAGGCCGCCUCGCCGCCCGCUCGCCCACCCGCCGCCCGCCCGGUGUGGACCCGGGGCCGCGCCCGUCUGUCCGUCUAG